GUAGAGAUAGAGAUAGUGAAGAGAAGAAGAGACAUAUUAAAUAUGUCAACUAUUUAUGUAGAGGAGAAUGUGGUUACAUUCUCAUGUUUAGCAGCGGCUUAUGGUGUGAUCACUGUAGUGUCACUGAUACAACUUAUAAGAAUACAUGCUAUUGGAUUCCCUUGGCGAAGGAUUACUACACAAAAGACAUUCCUAAUGUUAUUGGUACUCACUGGUAUAUUUCGUGUAAUAUUCUUUAUAUCUAUUAGUAUUGCAGGCAAACAGACAGAGUUUGAUAUGGGACGAUUCAACAUACUUUAUCUUACCAUACUCGACGACUUUGGUUGCAUGCUAUUCUUUACAACAUUCUGUUUAUUAAUCUUAUUCUGGAUUGAGAUUGUAUAUCACUCAAAGAAUAAGACAAGAGUUUAUAGAGCAAGAGUUAGACCAAUAUUUUACAGCGCGACUUCAUUGAUAUAUAUGGCUCAGGUGGCGAUAUGGAUACUUAUAAUAGCAUUGCCAGACGACAAACAGGCAAGACUGAUGAAUCAGAUUGACAAUGUCUUCUACUCGACCAUCUCGCUGUGCGAAGGCUUUGGCUUCUUCUAUUACGGCGUGAUGCUAUCGCUCAAACUCAAACGCAAUCCCAUCAACUCCAAGGGAAAGAAGAAGAAGUUGAUCGAGGUGAUCCUGUUCACGGUUCUCUGCACGAUCGCCUUCCUCACACGAUCUCAACUGUUCCUGGUGGCCACGUUCAAGACUGGCACGUACAAUGUCAACAGUCUAUUCAUUGCACUCUACUAUUUUGUCUGCGAGAUACUGCCAUCGACAUUCGUCAUUGUUCUCUUUAGAAAGAUGCCGCCCAGGCCAUCACUCACGCCAACAUAUCGUUUCAACGUGGAGCAAGCAUCACCUCAUUCAUCAGUUGGCUCUGGCACCUACAGCAAUGUCAACAACCAAAUUAACGAAGACAAGCAACCAUUACUCAAUCACUCACUUCAGAAUGAUGAU